GAUUCGAUUCGUCCUCGCCGUUUGUCGCCGACUCCACGAGACUUCCUUCAGACCACCGCCGCCCUCCCCGGAGCUCCUUCUGUCCGCGGGCGGCGCAGCGACCGAUUCUCACAGCUGCUCGCUCCCCCGCCGGCUGGCCGGCCGGCCUUCCGCCCAUGACGGCGACCGCCGGCGGCAGGACGAGCACAGCGGCGGCGGGCAACAACGAGUUCCGCUUCUUCCUCUCCUGCGACAUCAGCCUUCCGCUCACCUUCCGCGUCAUCCAAGCCCCGAUCCCACCUCCCACCACCACCACUCAAGAUGGUCUCGACAAAAAGGUCCCCGAGCUCUUCGUCGAGUGCAAGCUCUUCAUCGACGGCAUCCAGUUUGGCCUCCCAGUAAACACAAGGCUCGAGUCUUCAGGACCACCCUACUGCUGGAACGAGCUUAUCACACUCUGCACCAAGUACAGGGACCUCACUUCCCUUGCCCAGCUCGCCUUCACGGUUUGGGAUGUGUCAUCCGGUGACGGCAGGAAUGUUGUGGGUGGAGCCACCAUAUUUCUUUUCAACAACAAAAAACAGCUUAAAACGGGAAGGCAGAAGCUGCGUCUAUGGCCCCAAAAAGAGGCAGAUGGAGGAGUCCCCACCACAACCCCUGGCAAGGUUCCUAAGAAUGAGCGAGGUGAGAUCGAGCGGUUGGAGAGGCUCGUUAACAAGUAUGAGAGAGGGCAGAUACACCAUGUCGAUUGGCUGGACCGUCUUGCCUUCACCGCGGUCGACAAAGUUAAGGAGAAGGAGUGUGAGAGGCUGGAAAAUUUGUUCCCUAGCCUUGUUGUUGAAUUCUGCAGUUUUGAACACAGAGUUGUCUUCCAGGAAUCUGGAACGAAUUUCUAUGCACCAGCUCCUGUAUUAUUAUCGAAUGAAGUUGUCACUGUUUGGGACCCUGAACUUGGACGAACAAAUCCAUCUGAGCACAAGCAGUUAAAGCUUGCUAGGAGCUUGACACGUGGAAUAAUUGAUAGAGAUCUGAAACCAAGCUCAAAUGAGCGAAAGUUACUUCAAAGAGUCAUCAAAUAUCCUCCUACACGCGCGAUACUGCCAGAUGAGAAGCAAUUGGUGUGGAAAUUCCGUUUCUCUUUGAUGUCUGAGAAGAAAGCUCUCACGAAGUUUGUCCGCUCAGUGGACUGGAGCGAUAUCCAAGAAGCUAAACAAGCUGUUGAAUUAAUUGGAAAGUGGGAAACAAUUGAUGUGGCUGAUGCAUUAGAGCUUCUCUCACCAGAUUUUGAAAGCGAGGAAGUCCGUGCUUAUGCUGUGAGCGUGCUUGAAAGGGCUGAUGAUGAAGAAUUGCAAUGCUACUUACUUCAGUUAGUGCAAGCUCUUCGAUUCGAACGAUCAGACAAGUCUCGUCUGGCACACUUUCUUGUAAACCGUGCUUUAUCAAACAUUGAAAUUGCUAGUUUCCUUCGCUGGUAUGUGGUUGUUGAGCUCCAUGAUCAUGCAUAUGCAAGACGAUACUACAGUACAUAUGACAUGCUUGAAGAUGAAAUGAUGAAAAUGGUUGCUAGGGAGGAUGGAGAUGAAGAUGGGUUUCGACUGUGGCAGAGUUUAUCACGGCAGACAGAACUCACUGCUCAAUUAUGUUCUAUUAUGAAGGAUGUAAGAAAUGUUCGUGGUAGUGCACAGAAGAAAAUUGAGAAAUUAAGACAGUUGUUGUCAGGAGUUUUCAGUGAGCUUACCAACUUUGAUGAGCCAAUUCGGUCGCCAUUAGCACCUACACUUCUCCUUACUGGUGUUGUGCCUCAAGAGUCAUCUAUAUUCAGGAGUGCCUUAAAUCCAUUGCGCCUUACGUUUAAGACGGCAAAUGGGGGAACAUCCAAGAUAAUUUUCAAAAAGGGAGAUGACCUCCGCCAAGAUCAAUUGGUUAUUCAAAUGGUCUCUUUGAUGGAUCGAUUGCUCAAAUUAGAAAAUAUGGACUUGCACCUUACUCCAUAUCGAGUUCUUGCAACUGGACAAGAUGAAGGGAUGCUUGAGUUUAUUCCUUCCAGUUCACUUGCACAGAUUUUAUCAGAGCAUCGCACCAUUACAAGUUACCUGCAAAAGUUCCAUCAGGAUGAAGAAGGUCCUUUUGGUAUAACUGCCCAAUGCUUGGAAACUUUUAUAAAAAGCUGUGCUGGUUACUCUGUCAUUACAUAUAUUAUGGGUGUUGGAGACAGACAUCUAGAUAAUCUUCUUCUAAGAGAUGACGGGUGCCUUUUCCACGUCGACUUUGCUUUUAUUCUGGGUCGGGAUCCAAAGCCAUUCCCACCACCAAUGAAACUAUGCAAAGAAAUGGUAGAGGCCAUGGGUGGCACAGAAAGCCAAUACUAUACGAGAUUCAAGUCCUACUGCUGCGAAGCAUACAACAUUCUGAGGAAUAACAGCAGCCUUAUACUGAAUCUCUUCAAGUUGAUGGGAAGAUCAAAUAUCCCAGACAUCUCUAACGAAGAAAAUGGAAGUCUCAAGCUCCAGGAGAAAUUCCGGCUGGAUUUGAACGACGAGGAGGCUAUACAUUUCUUCCAGGACCUUAUCAACGAGAGCGUGAGCGCCUUGUUCCCUCAGAUGGUGGAGACCAUCCAUAGAUGGGCUCAAUACUGGCGAUGAUCUCUUUUGUUUAUCGUAUUGUACAUGUUGCAGCAUACUGACUGACGUUGGGUGUCAAGUAAGUGGAGAAUGUACGUACGUAAGCAAUUGAUGAUAGUGAGAGAGGAAAGAAAUGGUACCCAAAAACAAAUAGCUCAAGUUUGUGAAUACAUACGCUUGUGUAUUUAUUCAUUUAACCUGGUUUUGUGUGUAAUGUAAUGUAACUAAUCAGAAGAAUGUGUUGUACAAGUAUACUACGUACUAGUUAGUAGUACUGGUAAUAAACAGAAAACAUAUGUAUAAUGCUUACUGUUUUGUACUAGUAGUAAAUGAGUUCAGUUCAUCAGGGCUGAAGAAAUCACAGAGAGCGAUCGAGCCGAGUAAGUUGGGCUGGGCUUGAAUCAUUCAGAGGUAAUGGGCUGCAGUGUGCUUGAAUCAGAGAUAGCGGGCCGGAGGGGCUGCAGGCUGUGGGCUUUGUCCUCUUUUUGUUUCUUCUUAUCCACUGACUCUGCUGCUCCUCUUAUCGUCAUCCGCUUCUUCUCCGUGAGUUUUGUCUCCAGCAGUGCCAUGGCGUCCAUGAUGCUGUGCUCCUCCUACUCCAUGCCCGCCGCCGCCAGGAGGGACUCCGGCGCCGCCUCUCUCGGCUUCGCCACGUCGCAGCUCGCCGGCCUCAGCCUCAACCUCGGUCUCUCCUCCGCCUCCGCCGCCACCACCGCAGUCGUCGUCAAGAACACCAUCGUCGCGCGCCGGAUCUGCCCGUUCCUGGAGAAGAAGACCAACAGGGCAAACAAAGUGUCUUUCUCCAACCACAAGACCAAGAAGCAGCAGUUCGUCAACCUGCAGUACAAGAAGCUCUGGUGGGAGGCCGGCAAGCGCUACGUCAAGCUCCGCCUCUCCACCAAGGCCCUCAAGACCAUCGAGAAGCACGGCCUCGACGCCGUGGCCAAGAAGGCCGGGAUCGACCUCAACAAGAAAUGACCACUCCAUUUUUGUUCCAUUUUCCGAGCUAUAUGCAUCCGGUUAUCAUCAUUUCUUCAUCCCUCUCAAAUGUAGUAGCAUGCAAAGGUUGAUGUGGGCUUCUUUUUUGUUUUGUGUAAUCCCCCGUUUGGUGUGUAAGUAAACCUUGAUUUGGUAUUUCCUUGGAUGGGGGUUAAUUUA